AUGGCCUGCAGCGCCCUCUCGCGCUACUGGACAAUCAAUGUGCCUGCCAAGACGAUGGCCGAGGAGGUGGCCGAGGCCCACCUCUUCCUCUGGCCCCUGCGCCACGACCGGUUCGCCGUCGCCGCGUGCCUCCGCUUUAGCCGCUGGCACCUCUUCUUCGCCGUGCUUCUGACGCAGUUCAUCACAGGCUCCAUCUACUCGCUCGUGA